AUGAAGUGUUAAAUGGGUGUCAAAAAAAAUUAGGUUUAAAACGAAGGUAAUACAGAGUUAUAAAUUUAAGAUAGAGUUGAUGAUUGGAUUGAGGAAAGUUGAAGAUUUACUAGGACCUCAAUCUUGCUGA